AUGGUCGGCCACGUGUUGCCUAAGCAGUGGCCUUCUUCUUGGAGUAUCUGGUCCGGAGGAGUCAAGCAGCUCCAUCUGGACACCGCUGUUUUACCUCCGGAAUGGAAUUUGAGUUGCCUCGAUUUGGCUUCCACAACAGGUGUCUUUCACGAGAAGGGUUUAGAUCAGAGGACAGUUCAAUUCGUUCUUCUCAAAACAUAUCUUUAUUGCGCUUCUUUUGAACUUGGUAAUAUUCACCUCCCUUUUACCGAUUUCUAUCUUUCCGUACUUCAUCACUUUAAAGUCUAUGUUUCCCAGAUUAAUCCUUAUGGGAAUCUUCGUUUGGGUAUGUUUGAGCUUGCCUGCCGAGCACAUGAUGGUGAGCCUACCCUCACCCUAUUCCGUAGGUUCUAUAAGUUGGUUGUUGGUAUACAUUCGAAAAGCACUCUGAAGAUGAGGUUAGUGAGUGUGUCCGGGGUUCUGGAGUCCAUCAAAGGCUGGAAAAGUAGAUUCUUUUAUGUGAACUCUUCCAUAGUACCUCCCAACUUUAGUCUUGCCGGAGUGAUGCGCAAGAGAUCAAAAUGGAAUAUGUCCGCUCCGCUUCCCAGUCGUGGGUUUAGCGUAUCUUUAUUGAACAAACUGAUUGACCAACCUAUUCGAUACCCUGUUGUUCUGGAGCCUAUUCUCUCUACCUUGCUGGGGUUUCUAAGUCGGCUCAUCAUCCCCCUAUCCCUACUAUUCGUGUUAGAGAAGAGGCAUAAUUCAUCUUGCCAUGCAGCAAUGGGUUUGUCCAAAAUUUUGAGGAAUGGCUACGGCAAUGCGUCUUUCACUCCGCAUCCUGUGAACACUCCAGCUGUUCCUCUUCGUGAUUUUACAGCCGAGUUGAAUGCUGCUUCGGAGGUCCCUCAAGCAGAUGCGAUUAGUUUUCAGGAUCCAGAGGCAUGUAUUGCUGAUACUGUUUCAGUGGCGCACGCUGAUACUAAUGUUCUGGAGGAGUAUGUUGAUGCGAGUACUGUUCCGGGGGCAUCUGUUGUUCCUUUUGGCACUCUGGCCAGUUCUAAGAAAAGAAAAUGCAAAGCAACUGACCCUUCUGUUCUUCCAUCUAAAAAAAUUAAGGAGAAACAUGUUGAUCUUCUCUCUCCUAAAGAGUCUAUUACAAACAUGCUUCAGAAUGUACGUCCGAACUCGCUCGUCCGUCGUAUUCGUUUGGUUGCUGGCGGCAAGCCUCUUUCCACAUCUAGUGGUCCGGGUAAGGGAAAUGGUCCAUUAGUUCUGAAGCAGUCAGAAGAAGAAAACGUUGCAGCGGUUGGCAAAGCUAAGAAAGAUGUUAGGGGUUUUCUCGGGGAUGGUGCAAGUGUGACUGGUCCGGAAUGUGACAUUGGGGAGGGUAAGGAAGGUGAAGAUACUGAUGAAGAUACUGGUGAUGAUAUAGAUGCUUCCGUUCACGCAGAAGACUUUCCUUCUUUUGAUGCACAGAAGGAAUUUUCAUUCCCCAAUUUGCUCGUGUGAAGCACAAGAGUGAUCUCGAGGACGAUGAAGACAAAGUUGACUACGUUCAGAACAUAACGGUGCCAAGCAGGAUGAUGGCGGUUGAGCGUUUAGCCCAUAGAGAAUUUGUGGACUUCGCCAACACUUCUUUGAUCAAUAUUAUGUCUUCUUUGAGUACGAGAGGCGUUUUCAUUUGUCCGAAGAUGAUAGAUGCCGGUUGGAAAGGCAAAAUAUACAGCUGAAAGACAGAAUCAAAGCUUUGGAG